AUGAGCCAGUCAAACACGGUUAGUGAAGUGCCUGAUGAAAUUAUUUUUCAUCAAGAUGAACAUUUCAUUGAGGAAAUAACAACUUUAAACGGUUUGUAUUUUGGAAAUCAAUCAGAGUUUGUUCCCUUAUCAUCGUCCGAAGAUGAGGAAGAGGAAAGAUCAACAAACUGUACCGGUGAUAUUUCAGAUUCAGACACUGAAUUAGAACUCAGAUCAGUAGACAUUGAUGACGAAAAAUGUGUUGAAGAAUUCAAAUCAAAAACAUGUGGCUGCAGUAAGUUGUACGGUGUUCCAUGUAGUACGAAAGUAGAGUUUAGUCACAUACUCGAAUACAGACAACAGUGUCAAGAAAUGUCAAAUGAGGAACUUGAUUUAACUGUUAAAGUUCAAUUGGCAGCACACAGAAAGUCUAGUACAUAUUGGCCGCAGUCUAUGAGCAAAAAGCAAAAAACAAAGGACCGAGAAAGAGUAGCACAAAAGUACUAUUUUGCAGGACAGCAGGUCUGUCGGGAUACUUUUCUGUUUUGCCACAGUAUUGGGAAAUUUAAGCUAAAUAACAUAGCUUCUUCCCUUGAUAAAGAUGGUCUCAAGCCAAGAAUUCAUGGGAACACGGGUAAAAUGCCUAAACAUGCACUCAUUGUAACUGAUGUAAAGCGUGUUUGUCAGUUCUUAGAGGAAUACACGAUGAAGAAUGGACUCCCCCUGCCAGGCAGACAACCAAACUACUCGACUCAAGGCAACAAAGUCCUUCUUUUGCUUCCUUCUGAUAAGACAAAAUCUGAUGUUUGGGAACUUUAUAAUCAAGCAGCAGUAAUGCAGAAUUACAGGAAAGUCAGUUUAUCAGAAUUUAAGAAAAUCUGGUUGGAACAAAUGCCACACAUUCUUAUCAUGAAACCAGCUACUGAUCUGUGUCCUAAGUGCCAAAGAUAUGUUCACAACAUCACCAAUGCAGGGAACUUGUCGGAAGAUGAAAAGAAGACCAUGCUGGAAGAAUAUACCUGUCACCUGGACAGAGCCAAGGAACAGAAGGAGUAUUACAGGGAAAGGUGUCUGCAGUCAAAAGAUUUAUAUCAUACACACAACUUGGAUCAAGCUGAAAGAGGGCAAGUGUGCACACAUGACGUAACCCAGACAUACAGCUUUGAUUUUGCUCAACAAGUCCACUAUCCUCACCAUGCACAGGAAGUAGGGCCACUAUUUUUCAAGACCCCUAGAAAGUGCCAAGCCUUUGGUGUUUGUGCAGAAGGAGCAGGUGUGCAAAGAUUUUAUCUGGUUGAUGAAGCUGAGGAGGUGGGCAAAGGAGCUAACACAGUUGUCAGUCUUCUGCAUCAUUAUUUUGAGCUUUGGGGAUGUUGAGAGAAGGAUGUUGUGUUGCAGAUGGAUAACUGCGCUGGCCAAAACAAAAACAACACAAUGAUAAGAUAUGGCAUGUGGAGAGUUUUGACAAGCCGACACCGCAGUGUUGAAUUCUCACUAAUGGAGGCUGGGCACACCAAAUUUAGUCCAGAUUGGCAUUUCGGCCUCUGGAAGAUGAAGUGGAGACACUCAACUGCAGAAACU